AUGGCCUCAACUAGUUACAAUGCACCAGCACCUCCUGUCUUCUCAGGAGAAAAUUAUGCAAUAUGGUCGGUGAAAAUGGAAGCUUACCUGCGAGCAUUUGACUUGUGGGAAGUGGUGGAAGUUGGUGGAGAUCCAUCUGAACAAAGACAAAAUCCCACCAUAGCGCAGAUGAAGCAGUACAGUGAGGAAGUUGCAAGGAGGUUUAAGGCCCUCUCUUGCAUCCAUUCGGCAGUGUCCGAUAUCAUUUUUACACGUAUUAUCACGUGUAAGUCUGCUAAAGAAGCUUGGGAUAAAUUAAAAGAAGAGUUUCAAGGCAGUGUUCGAACCAGGCAAAUCCAAGCUCUAAAUCUCUGGAGAGAAUUUGAGAUACUGAGGAUGAAAGAGGAAGAAGGCUUAAAGGAUUAUACUGAUAAAGUUAUUAAAGUGGUUAACCAGCUUAAGCUCUUAGGAGAAGAUGUACCAGAAAAAAGGGUGGUCAACAAAAUUCUGGUUAGCUUACCAGAAAAAUUCGAAGCCAAGAUUUCAUCCUUAGAAGACUCUAAGGACCUCUCAAGCUUCACGGUUGUGGAGUUGGUAAAUGCCCUACACGCAUCAGAACAAAGAAGAGCAAUCCGAGUGGUCACAGUGAGAGUGCUCUAUUAG